AUGCUGUACUCGCUCGGCCCGGCCCUCGCCCGGGAGUGCGUGUGUGUGCGCGCGUGUGUCUGUGUGUGUGUGUGUGUGUAUGCGCGCGCGUGCGUGUGUGACCAAGUGAGUGUGUUUGCGGGGGUGCGCGCGCGGGCGGGAGUGGGCGCGCUCGGGGAAAGGCCCGAAAACACCUUAGUUUGCACCGAGAGACCAUUUGCAGCGGACGUGCGCGAGUCGCCGCGUCCCUUUGGCGGUGUCCCGGCAGCCGAUGGCUCUCUGUUCCUCGUCUGCGCGCCGCCUUCUUACCGAGCUCCCGGCGCUCCAUUCGUGCCCGCAAAGAGGAUUCAGCUGAGCCAGCCCGCAAGCCGGGCGGCGGUGCGCCUCGGAACCCGAAAGUUUGUAAGAGGAAGAGAGCGUGUGGCGAGCAAGCGGGCCAGGGGCAGCGGCAGCGGCGCCGGGGACCAUGGUGCUGCCGGCGCCUCCUCCGCAGGCGUGAAGGCGGCGCUCCCACUCCCUCCCGAGUCUCCGCGGGUAAGUCGAGGCGGCUGCGGCCGCGGGCGGAUGCGCAGGGUCUAG